AUUUGAGGAAGCUCAUGGGUUCUUUCAACUAAUAAGCGCCUCCCCGUCGCUCUAAAGGACAUUAUAAUGCAAGGGACCUUCUUUUUUAACCACAAACCGAAUUUUCGUUCAUUUAGACGAUAUAUACUUUAUAAAUUGCCAAAGUUGUAGGAUUUUUUUUGGAACUCGUUUCGCCCUGGAGCGGUACGCUAUGCUUUCCCAUGCCGACCUCCUGGAUGCUCGGCUCGGUGAGUUAUCAUCGCUCAACUCCAGCCCCAAACUGCACUGGAUGAAGGAUGCGGCGGAGCUACUCGGACACCGAGAAGCUCUUAAGUGCCGACUGGGAGGAGUGCAGGACCAGGGGCAUCCGGGGGAAAUGGCCCCUGGUCCGGACUCUGUAGAGGGGAGCACUCUUUUGCCCGGAGACGACAUCUCGUCUGUGGGAUCCAACGCAACCGGCAUGCAGGUGAACGGAAAAGACCAAGAUAAACAACAACAGCAGCAGCAGCAGCAACAACAGCAGCAGCAGCAGCAGCAGAACUCCGGUCAGUCGUCGAACCAACAGAAGCAGAAGCGACACCGGACCCGCUUCACCCCGGCUCAGCUCAACGAGCUGGAGAGAAGCUUCGCUAAAACUCACUACCCUGACAUCUUCAUGCGCGAGGAGCUGGCUUUAAGGAUCGGUCUCACCGAGUCCCGCGUGCAGGUCUGGUUCCAGAACAGACGCGCCAAGUGGAAGAAGAGGAAGAAGACUACCAAUGUCUUCCGCUCCCCGGGAACGCUGCUUCCCACACACGGCCUGCAGCAGUUCUCCGCCGCGGCAGCCAUGGAGAACAGCUUGUGUUCCUUCCAUGCCAACGAUUCGCGUUGGGCCACGGGGAUGCCCGGGGUGUCCCAGCUGCAGCUCCCGCCAUCGCUUGGUCGCCAGCCCGGCAUGCCGCAGUCCUUGUCACAGUGCAGCCUCGGACCCGGACCCCCCAACUCAAUGGGCCUUUCCAACGGCCUGUCCUCCAACGGCUCCGGGCUGCAGUCCCACCUCUACCAGACGCAUUUUCCAGGAAUGUCGGCCUCUAUUUCGGGACCCAACAACGGGGGCUCCCCGCAGCUGUGUAGCUCCCCGGACAGUGAUAUGUGGAGAGGGACAAGCAUCGCGUCUCUUCGACGCAAGGCGCUGGAGCACACAGUUUCCAUGAGUUUCACCUAGUGACUUUUAACACACGCAUAAUCCCGUGGCUCUUUUAAUUUUAUUAUUUUAACACCAUGUGUGAUCAAGAUGAGAGAACGAGUCUGAAUUACUAUGUCAAGCAGGAGACUGACUGACUGUCGUCUAGAAUAGGAAUUUGAGAAAACCGCUAUUUAUCCUCGACUUGGGGUUAUUCAUCUUGAUCAUUUAAAGGAUUUGGUCCACUAUUGGUGAUAUUGUAACGAUCUAGCCACGAUAGGCCGCAUUAAUGAGAACCAAACAAUCGUCGUAUUUAUGUUUUCACGUGGGUGCAUCUUUAUGCGCUCCUUUGUUAUUGUGUUCAGGUGAAAUUGUGUUAUAUUAUGUCAAAGGGAAAACUAUGAGGUGAGUCAACGUUUUCACACACACACACACACACACACACACACACACACACACACACACACACACACACACACACACACACACACACACACACACACACACACACACACACACACACACACACACACACACACACACACACACACACACGCACCAUAGGUGGGCCAAUCAAAGUGGUUCUCUGAGGCAUGCGCAAUGCACGUGGAUUUAACACUUGAAGUAUUUAGAAAGAUAACGGUGCCCAAAUAAUAUGAAUACACACUUUUGCUCUAGGUGGCAGAAACCCUCGCCUGCAUGAGGCGAGAGAGUAUAGGCUCCUACUACAUUUAAGUCGAUCGGAUUUUCAGUAGGCCUACUCUGUUUUAGGAUGUUUUGUGUAGAUGAAACAUUCUUGCUAUGUACCCGCUGGUAUUUUUGUGACAUGUUUUAACUUAUUGUCUGUGCUAAUUACUGACACAUUUCUUAAAUGUUUGAUCUUACAUUCAAAUACACCUUAUUGACGGGUUUGUACCAAUUUAAAUGACAAAUAAAAAGGAUUUUGAAGAAUGUCAA